CACAUGAACGAGGUGUCUCAUUUCAAUAAUGCACCACCAUUCCGUGGUCGAGGAGGAGGAGGAGUAGGGAAUGCUCCAACAUUCUUCCCGGCGCCUGUGCGAGGUGCAAUGGGACCUUCGUAUGGUCGUGGUGGUGCACAGCCUCCAAUGAUGGGGAUGGGAGUGCGAGGUGCAAUGGGACCUUCAUAUGGUCGUGGUGGUGCACAGCCUCCAAUGAUGGGGAUGGGAGGUCCUGGCUAUCGAGGACGAGGCAUGGGUCGUGGUAUGCCAUAUGAUUAUGGCAGAGGAAGAGGUCGAGGAGCAUUUCGUGAGUUUUUCAAAAAAAUACAUGGUGGUAGAAAGGCUCAUAAUCUUCUGUCUUAUUUAGCUGGAAGAGGAGCUGGAAGAGGAGGUAUGCGCGGACGAGAUGAUAAGCCAUAUAUGCGUUCUGGGCGAGAUACUGAGAAUGGAGAGGAGAAUAGAGAAAAUCACCAGAGCGAGAAGUCUGCAUCAGCUACUGGACCACCGCGAAGUCCAGAACCACAGGUUGGUAAUGGAAAAGAAGGAACCUGA